UACUAUAUAACAAAUAAUUUGAGAGAUGAAUCCAAAAUAAUCAAUAUGGUUGUAACAAGAUCCGGCACCACCUGCACUCCCACUGGAUCCAACGAUGAAUCUGCCAAAAAGAGAAAAUCAAACCCUGAAAUGCCUGAGAUGGUGGAAUCAUUUAAAGAAUGGGAAUCAGACAAACAAACAAACUUUGUGAAGGGGUUGUUAGGUGAGAUGUGCCACGAGCAGCAUUGGCAGAUCGACAUGGCUCUGCGACCCUAUCUGAUGCGAGACUUCAUCAGCGCCUUACCAGAAUAUGUGUCAGAACAGAUACUGUCCUACUUAGACGAAAUGUCUUUAUGUAGGGCAGAAAGCGUCUCUAAAAGAUGGCGUGAAAUCAUAUGUAACGGACAUUUAUGGAGAAAAUUAAUUGUUCGGAAUGUCAACACUAAAGCAAUUUGGCAGCGUCUUGGGAAAAGAAGGGAAUGGAUAAGUCAUUUACAUCGAGCAUCAGAUUUUGGUUCAGAGUACUACAAAGAAUUAUAUCCUAAAAUUGUCCAAGACUUAAAAAUGUCAAAUGAAAUGUGGAAGCUGGGAAAACUGAACUUUAGAAAAAUAGACUGUGCCAGUCACGACAGUAAAGGUGUCUAUUGCUUGCAAUAUGACGACGAGAAAAUAGUCAGCGGUCUACGGGACAACACUAUCAAGGUUUGGGAUCUGGAUAGUCUAAAGAAUACUAUGACCCUUACUGGACACACUGGUUCUGUGCUUUGUAUGCAAUAUGAUGAAAAUAUUAUUAUCACAGGAUCUAGUGAUGCCAGUAUCAGAAUAUGGGAUGUGAAGACCGGAGAACCAAUCCACAUGUUAAUCCACCACUGUGACGCUGUCCUUCAUCUCCGGUUCCAGAAUGGCAUCAUGGUAUCGUGCUCCAAGGACCGUACAAUAGCAGUUUGGACGAUGAGUGGAAACCCUCAGAACAUAGUAAUGAAGCACGCGUUAGUUGGGCACAGAGCUGCGGUUAAUGUUGUGGACUUUGAUGAGAAGUACAUCGUGUCAGCGUCCGGAGACAGAACUAUUAAGGUAUGGGGGACAGAGGCUUGUGAGUUUAUCCGUACUCUACAAGGGCACACACGCGGUAUAGCUUGUCUACAGUACCACGGUACCCUCGUUGUAUCGGGCUCCUCAGACUGUACUAUCAAACUGUGGGAUAUUGAAGCAGGAGCCAUACUCCGGACGCUUGAAGGACAUGAGGAACUUGUUCGUUGUAUUAGGUUCGACUCUCACCGCAUUGUCAGUGGCGCCUAUGACGGGAAGAUAAAAGUAUGGGAUUUGAAAGCUGCUUUGGAUCCACGCACACCAGUAAAAGACAUUUGCAUCAGAACUAUAUCGGAGCACAAAGGCAGAGUGUUCAGACUUCAGUUUGACGAAUUCCAGAUCGUAUCCUCCUCCCACGACGAUUCUAUCGUUAUAUUCGACUUCCUGUCCCCUCACGACUACUAUGGCGACAUGCCAGUAGUCCGUCACCACCACUAUUCAGAAACAUCAAGUCUGGAGCUGUCGGACACCACUCUGCGGAGACUUGACUCCGCUAACUCCCUCGACUCGCUCGACGACCUGUCAUGAUGGCCAUAUAUGGUAACUUCGUCAUGGUAACACUACCAUAUAUGGUAAUAUCUGGUCAAAGUCGACACUAGAUACUAACCUCAGCUGUUCUGAUCAUAUCUCACAUAUCUGUUGGACAUGUUGCUGGAGUUUUCAUUGCGACAGCUUUGGGACCAGUGAAGAGUCUAACCAUUAUUUACCGGGUAAAAAGGAUCUUUUACUAUCCUUCCCAUAAAACUGGAAUUCGGCGUAAUUAAUGUGCUCAAUAAAGAAUUCCCGGUAAAUGGUGGUAAGAUUAUUCAGCCAUAACAUGUCCCUUUAAAGCUGCAGUUUGCACGUUUUUCGUAUCGCUGUUCAGUUAAUGCCAUGACAGAGUGAAAUACCUUUUACUUGUGCUUGUGGUUUGAAAUGAAACGUUUAGACGGCCUCCUCCUCUAAUUCCUAAGACCCCCGUCAGAGUAUAGCCACACAUGGUUUAGAUUGACCUAGCUGAGUUUAUGUAUAAGAAAAAUGCCAAGAAUUUGUUCAGUGUUCAUUGUUCUUUAAGAAACGAAAAAUGAACUUUCUUUCAUGUUCAGUCAGAUUUUGUUGUCCUGAAAUUCCUGAUAACUGUAUUAAAAUGUAAUCUGUUUAAUAACCUGGGUUGAGAAAAAGUAUUUGGUUUAUCAGGUGUUCAAAUGUGAUGUGCAGAUGCUGUUUUACAGUUUUGCAUCUAUUUUCCCUCUAAGCUUAUAUUUAGCAUUUUACUAUGCACAUACACGGGCUUAUUUUGUCGAACAUGAGACGAUCGAAAAUGUAUAUAUAUAUCAUUGAUAAAGAUUUAAUUGGCAAGUUGCCAACCGACAGUUGUUGUGAGUCUAGAAGUUUGAACUCUGCAAUUUGCCCGCCAAGAGUUGUCUUUGCUCUUUAUUCAGGUGGCCACUAUAUUCCCACACGCCACUUUUCCACUAAAAAACAGGACCAAAGCAGUCUUCAAAUUUUCAUCGUUACUGCUUGCCAGUUUGGUGAAGGCUGGGUAUGGGGAAUCAUGUCAAAUCAAUGGUAAUGAUUGUAUUGACAUCAUUGAUUUUAUGUAAAAAUUAACAUUUUGUUUUUAAAAUAAACAUCCUA